CAUGACAACACCUUUACACAUCUUACAGCACCCCGCCUCCUCUACGGCGGCAUCUACAAGCACCUCAACGAAACUAUGAAGCUCCUAUGGACAGCAGACCUGAAGAUGAACACAGUCCACGUGAGAGACGUCUGCCGGGCCGUCUGGACCCUAGGCAGGCACCCAGAAGCCAACAAGCAGGUCUACAAUGUGGUUGAUGACGCUAACAGCACCCAGGGCGCCUUGGCCGAGCUCGUCGCCGAUAUAUUCAAAAUACAACACGAUUACUAUGGAACUGCUAUUUCUACGCUUGCUAAGACGGACAUAGCAUCAGUAGCAGAGGAAGCGAACGACAAGCACCUGACGGCGUGGGCGGAGCUGUGCAGUAAGUACGGGCUGCAACACACGCCGCUGGAGCCGAGCGCGGGCCACGAACUGUUGCUCAACAAACAACUCUGUCUCGACGGCAGGAAGCUGCGCGCCCUGCUGCAGCUCGAUGUACCCGCGCCUACUAUUGAUAAACUGAAGGAGGUACUGGAAGACUACGCUUCCAUGAAUCUGUUCCCAAAGGAGCUGCUCCUAUGACCGAACAAGUAAACCACCAACCGCCAUUUUUAUACGUAUUCUAUAAAUAUGCACCAGUACGUUACAGCUUGCAUCGAUUUGUUUCGCGAUAUUUGGUCACAAAGUAGAGUAGUGUAUUUACGUUAGAGUAAGUCUGUACCAAGAGAUUCUCCAGUA